CGCCACCUGCUGGCCCAUGAAAGAAGGGGUUUUUACAAAACUUUGGCAGGAGAAGAAAAUAUGGGAGUCCGAACUGAUCACCAGGCUCACAUAAAGUCUAAAUGGACAUUUUCUGCCUUUCUCAGCCUCCACCAGCCCCGGGAGAGGUUUGUCCCCAACCAAACCUCCGACAUCCCGUGGGUCUCGGCUGUUUGGGCGAGUCUAGCUCUCUUCUACUCUCUCGUUGGUUAGCCGCUCUGUCCAAUCGUAGGUGCGCUCCGGGUUCGUUCCCAGAGUGCAUUGCGGUUGCACUGGCUGCUCCCAGCCGGCGUGGGGCUGGAUUUGUUCGAGCGGUAUUAGGGGUCUGUCAGCUGAGCCCUCACACCGCAAGGGAGCGGGUGACUCCGCUCCCCUCAGCCUUAAACUGUCAACGGAGAUGUGUGUCCUGUGUUGCGGGCGCUGCUUUCUCUGGUGCCCGGCUGGCGCCCGCCUCUCGCCACUAUGGCCAGGGCUCAGCCCUGGACCGCUUCCUCGGAUCCUCUCAGCCCGACAAUUCAGUGACAACUCGCGUCCCUGCGGUAUCCAUGCACAGAGAUGAGCAAAAUCUCCUCUUGAUCCAUCAGCCUGACAUGCCUGAGAAUCCCCGGGUCCUACGAGUGGUCCUUCUAGGAGCUCCAAAUGCAGGGAAGUCAACACUCUCCAACCAGUUACUUGGCCGAAAAGUGUUCCCUGUCUCCAAGAAGGUGCAUACCACUCGCUGCCAAGCUCUCGGAGUCAUCACAGAGAAGGAGGCGCAGGUGAUUCUACUUGACACGCCUGGCAUCAUCAGUCCUGUUAAACAGAAGAGGCACCAUCUGGAGCCCUCCUUGUUGGAAGAUCCAUGGAAGAGCAUGGAAUCUGCUGAUCUUGUUGUGGUUCUCGUGGACGUUUCAGACAAGUGGACUCGGAAACAGCUCAGUCCACAGGUACUCCAGUGCUUGACUAAGUUUUCCCAGGUCCCCAGCGUCCUUGUCAUGAACAAGGUAGAUUGCCUGAAACAGAAAUCAGUUCUCUUGGAGCUCACAGCAGCCCUCACUGAUGGUGUGGUCAAUGGCAAGAAGCUCAAGAUAAAGCAGGCCUUCCACUCACACCCUGACACACAUUGCCCCAGCACAGCAGCUAAGCACUCAAAUACGGAGUCUGUGGAAAGCUCUCAAAAGAUUGGUUGGCCCCACUUCCAGGAAAUCUUCAUGUUAUCAGCCCUAAGCCAGGAAGAUGUAAAGAUACUAAAGCAAUACCUCCUGGCGCAAGCCCGGCCAGGGCCCUGGGAGUUCCACAGUGAAGUCCUUACUAGCCAGGCACCUGAAGAGAUCUGCACCAACGUGAUCCGAGAGAAGCUCCUGGAGUACCUGCCCCAGGAGAUGCCCUACAGUGUGCAGCAGAAGACGAUGGUAUGGGAAGAAGGACCCAGUGGGGAACUGGUGAUUCAACAGAUACUUCUGGUGCCCAAAGAAUCUCAUAUGAGGAUCCUGAUUGGUAAGAAGGGCCACCUGAUCGCCCAGAUUGCACAGGAGGUAGGCCGCGACCUCAUGGACAUCUUCCUCUGUGACGUUCAGAUCCGCCUCUCUGUGAAGCUCCUCAAGUGACAACCCUCUACUGCCCCUCCUAGGACACCCUAGCCCAAGCUGCUGGCAAGAGUCACUAACCAGGACUGCUAAGGGGGCAUGGACACUGGCUGGCUGCUAGGAGCCUGGCCGUGCUGAGUCUGCACAGUCCCUGCCGACUCUCCUGUUGGAGGAAGGACCUUCCUUAGCUCAGUUCCCAGGUAGUUGCUCUGCCUGGGGCCACAGCCACUUAGGCCUCAGGAGUUGCUCCCCUGGUGGCAGCAGCACAGUACUGCCUCCAACUGCCAUUGGGCCCAGAGCCCUGAGUUUCUCCCUGAGUUGCCAGUUAGCA